CCUGCUCCCCCGCGGCCGAGGCCACCAGUGCCACCCCCGCAGCCUCCGCAGCCACCACCAGCUCCACCUGCUGGACCCAAGAUGCUGGUUAUCGGUAGUCGGGUUUAUCAGCUAGUCCAUCUGGGAACCUAUGUAAUCAAACCGCUGCAUGGUCUGGAUGCGGAUACACAGGCUCCGGACCCAAGAAACCCUGGCAAUGGUGCUAGGAACUUCACUUCGAGCGUCAGCAGUCCAAUGGUUUCUGCUGGAGCCGCUGCUGCAGAUCCAGAAAAUAAACGGCAGUAUCAGGAAAAGCGUCGUCGUCACGUCACAGACCAAGCUGACGCCGAGGUCAAACGACCGAGAGUAAAAGACGAGCCUCCGGAAGCAACAGAAGCACAUGGAAAGAACAGAGCAGUCCCAUUAAAAGUGCGUGGUAUUACAUGCAAAGAUGUUUUCGUUAAUGGACGCGAAGGAGUGUUGGUGACAGUUUCUUGGGAGAAGACAUUUUGUGAAUCCAAGCCCGAAUUGAAAACUGAAAGCAAAGAUGCUGUAGUACCGACCAUCGCUGAACUGCAAGAUAAUCAAAAUGCCCAAAGGACCGAUCAUCAGACGGUACGUAAGACGGAAUCCAUCUACGAUAAUGCUAUGGAAGUUUCCAGAACCUAUGGUGCAAAACAACAAGCAGAAUACGUCCAAUUGAAAGCAAAUAAUGCCCAAUGUGACUGCACUGCGAUCUGUGUUAAAGAUCUGGACAACGUCAAGCCUAGAUCUUCCAGUUCUGAAGAUUCAGGUAACUACGUUUGUCACAGUCGUGAACCUGAAACACUGGAGACUGGAGCAGGACCCUUGAUGACUGCCGUCGGCAGUAGGUCUUCUGCGGAAUCAAAUUUGCAGCACACUGCACAGCAUGGCUGUGUAGGGCCACCUUCCUUGCACUGUGCCCAGUAACAGACACCAAUGUAACCACAUAGUUCCAC